ACUGAUGAGAUCAUCUUGAAGCAGAAAAGACUUCGAGACAUAUUAACUGAACUCAGAAUCUACAGUCAGUACCGGUCCACUGACCGUUUCGGAUGAUUUUCUUCUUUUUCGUUCGCCGCGAGUAAAGCAAACGAGAAGCUGGACACACACAAGGAACAAUUUAAUCAGUAAACUGGAGAACCGACCACUUGCAUCACAAUGAGGUCGAAAUUCCAAUUGGUCAUUAUCGGAUUUGUUCUUUUUGCUCUACUGGCUCUUGAUUCUUCCGAGGGAAGACGAAACAGUCGUCGUCGAACAACGACACAAAAGCCAACUCUACAGGAUGAGAUGAUGAAUAUGCUCGAGGCAGAUGAAUUAGUCGAGGACGCUGAAAGAUCUAUGGCUAAGGAUGAUGAUAGUCGAAUUAGGGCGAUGCCGCUUCAAGUGGAUCCUUGUCUCGACAAGCACUGUGGUGCUGGACGAGUUUGCAAAAUAACAGAAGAGGGAGCAGGAGAAUGUGUUUGCAUAGAGCAAUGUGAUGAGGAAAUCGAUCCCAGACGUAAAGUUUGCACAAAUUACAACGAAACCUUUGGCAGUGACUGCGAAGUUUAUCAAGCUCGUUGCUUUUGCGAUACUGGAGAUUCAAGAUGUCGUGGUCCUGAUUAUCAGCAUAUUCAUAUUGAAUAUUACGGCGAAUGUCGUCAAAUGCCCGCUUGCAAGGAAGAAGAUAUGCUUGAUUUUCCAAGGCGAAUGCGUGACUGGCUUUUCAAUAUUAUGCGAGAUUUGGCCGAUCGUCAGGAACUUCCGUCACAUUAUUUGAAAAUGCAAAGAGAAGCGGAAACAAAUCACACACUACGUUGGACAAAUGCCGCCAUUUGGAAGUGGUGCGAUCUCGAUGGUCAUCCACAUGAUAGAACUGUUUCACGACAUGAACUUUUCCCAAUUAGAGCACCCUUAAUGGCACUUGAACAUUGCAUUGCCCCUUUCCUUGAUUCAUGCGAUGUUAAUGACGAUCACAAAAUUAAUCUCACCGAAUGGGGAAAAUGUCUUCAACUUGACGAGAGUGACUUGGUGGAUAAAUGCGAUGAAUUAGCAGAUGCUACUGAAGAGCAAUAAAUAGAAGUCUAAUGUGAGAUGUUACGGUCAGAAUCAGAAAGAUCAGAUCAGCCAAAGACGAAACUGAGCAAACUGCCAUUAUUACAAUUCUACAAAACUUUUAGAACAGUUUUCAUUUUAACAUGAACACCAUAACACAGCAUCUCCUUUUCUAAUUUUCCUUUUUUUUUUGUAAGUACCAAUUCUGUUUCCUAUAAACCAAAAUCUUUUCACUUGUCCUUUCAUUAAUUGAGAAUUAUUUCUAUUUUCACUUUUUUUUUAAAAAGAAAAGAACGAAAAACCAAACGUGCCUUAUAAUGAGUUUUUACAAUAAAAUAUGAAAUAAUAAA